AUGCCUGACCAGCGUGGGCGUAUUAUCACGAUGCCGGCCGAGUGUGCCGCGAACCCGUUGCAGCGGGCCCUUGCGGAUGCCAUCAUCCGCAUGGUUUCGAUGGACGAGCUACGUAUACUGCUCGCUUGCGGAGCGAAGGUGAACGAACAGGUCAUCCAGGGCCUCAAGCCACUGCACUACGCCGUCUGGCAGAACAACGAGGCUGCGGUUAAUCUGCUGAUCGUACGGGGCGCCGACCUAAACGCCAUCGAUGAGGUCGGCUACAGCGCCCUUCAUCUGGCGGCAGAGCAUGGAUAUCUCGAACUCGCAACUCUGCUGUUGGAUGCAGGCUGUAAGAUAGACUACCGUGCGCCAACGGAUGAUCCCUACCCCAGGACAACGCUGUGCGAUGAACCGCUGCGGCUAGCGCUCCGCAACAAGCACUACCAUGUGGCCCGUCUUCUUCUCGAUCGGGGAGCCGAUCCGAACAAGCGCUACUUCUUCGGCUCCGAAAUCAACCUAGCGACGGAUGUGGAGAGUCUGGAGCUGCUGCUGACGUACGGUGCCAACACGGAGGCACGUGAUCGCUCCGGUAUUACACCGCUGAUGCGAGCGGUUCGCACGAACGGAAGCGUUGAUUCGGUGCUUCUUCUACUGCACUAUGGAGCCGAUGUUAAUGCCAUGACGGAUGCACGAAAUGACUAUCGGACCGUUCUUCAUUAUGCCGUUUUAUCAGGAAAUGCUUCACUUGUGACGUUGCUUUUAAAACAGGGAGCUCGGGUGGAUAUCCCAGCUCCACUGCCCGAACCGGACCGGCCUAGUCCGCUCGAUCUGGCGGUCCUCCGUGGUGAUCCAGUGUUGGUGAGAAUACUGCUCGAGAAUGGGGCCAAUGUGAAUCGGAGCAGUCCGAUCAUCGGCUCCCCGUUGCACGUGGCUUGCGCCGAUAAUAUUCCCAACAGAGUGGAAAUCAUGAAGAUGCUCUUGUUUUACGGCGCUGAUCCAAAUGUACGAGUUAUCGGGGAUGUUGCCACCAAUGCGAUUCUGCGUCCCCCGUUGGCGGAGCUGCUGGCAAGCAAUGAAAUUGUAACACCCGAGGAACUGCAUCUUCUGCUGCGACAUGGCGCGAGAGUUAUCCUGAAGACCCAGUAUCGCGAUCCAGAUGGUUUGCUGAAUUGCCUCUCCAACUUGCACCACGAAUCUCCCGCCUUCCACAUCAUCCUGGACGCUGCCGAAGAGUUCGACCCUUGCAUGAUUCGCCGAAAUCAACAGCUUACCGAUGAACAGCGCGAGGUAAUGAUCGAGCGUGCCACAGUCCCCCGUAAGCUAAAGUCCCAAAUCAGAGCUUACUACCGCCGGCUGUUCGGGCGCAACAUCUGUGAGUUCGUACCACCGCUGUUCAUACCGGAUGAGCUGAAAAGCUACCUUCUUUACGAGCAUAGUUUCUAG